GCGCAGAGGCAUUUAACAGCUGAUUUAUACUUGGAUCAAAUUAAUUAGGAUAUUUAUAAAGGGAGAUAUCACAGUAAAAGACAUUGAUAUUUGCAUGUCACACUUUUCAAAAAGUUUAACAUUAACGUGAUUUAUUCUUUUCCACACUAUGAUCACAACUAUGCACGACUAUGUCUCUACAUGUUGAUAUGUUACUGAUCUCCAUAUCAACAUGGGAUCAGUAAAUGUCCAGGGAACAAACACUUCGAUUGCAGACUGUUUUAAGUAGCCAGUAGUUACUUUAACAAUGAACUGGACUGGAUUUUUCCACACACUCUACAGUAAAGGUCAGGAUAGGGCUUUACCACUUGUGGAACCUGAGGCCUUUUGGAGAGCAAAUUGUGCUUUUUGACCAUGUUUAAAUCCAUUUUGUCUUUAGUGAUUUUCCAUGGUACAGGAUAAAUUGCUGGUUCCCAAGUGAGGAUAAUCUUAUCCCAUUUUCUUGCUCACAGCACAUCUCACAACCUACCCCCCCCAGGGAUAAUACAUCACAAUACAAAGAUUUCAAAUUAUAUUUGUGCAGCCACUGUAAUGACACAGUAUCUAUUAUUAGUUUGUAGUAAUCAUGCUGGCAAGUACCUCAGUUUUUCUGUUUUGCAACUUUAGUGUACUUAAAUUUAAAUUUUAAAUAUAAACUAGUUUUGCAUCUGUUUUCUUGAGCCUGUUUAGUGUUUCUGGUAUCCUAGAGCUUAUUUCCAGCAGUCAGUCGGCAAGGUUGAUCAUAAAUAACUCAUCAGUUCUUCGUAGGCCGAUUAAAGGGAGAAAACACAGGAAAGGCAACCAUGCAUGCACUUUUCACAUCUCUUCUUAUUUAGAGGAGAUGCUUAUGUUAAAUAUUCACAUUUUCUGCCUGAUGGAGGAAACAAGUAAAUGUAACGCAGUUGGGAAAAGAUACAGACGCCACACAAAAAUGUCUGGUGAGAUUUAAACCAAGAAACUUCUUGCAAUGGGGAAAUAACUAAUUCUUUUACUUUCAGUAUUUGGUUUUGCUGCUCAAUUUCAGCUCUCUUCUCUUUGGGUUGAUCUUUAUUGCUCUAUUUUUUUUUUUUACACGAAUGUUGGUUUGUUGCAAAAUAUGACAUUAAUGAUGGAAAUAAACUUUCCUACACUUACCUCUUGUGCUAAUGAUGAGGUCUGUUCUAUUAAGCAGCAAUAGUAGCUUUUUUAAGAGUGACUUGUUCAGUUUAAUGUUUUCAGAAUUAUUGUGGGUUCACAUCUGAGAGUAUCGGGAUGAUAACUUCUGCUGGAAAUUGAACCUACUGUGUCAAUAUUUUCCACAACUGUAAUGACAAAUCAAAUUAGUUCAUACCCUGUCAAAAUAAUUUUGGAGGGAACAUUGUCCAGAUUGACCUAUCUUAGCAGUAAAGCCAGAUGUCAGGGGGAUAUAAGGUUCUGCAGCCUUGCAAGAACAGCAAACUACUAAAUAUGCUUCUCUUUGAGGAAUGACAAAGACAGCCUUUUAGGUCUAUGAAGGGGAUGCUGCAUUAUUGGAGUCAGAUGGUUAACUACAAGAACACAGAUCUGUAGAGAUUGGGUGGAUGCAUGAAAAACAGAGAGGUUUCGAGCAAAUUUGGGUGGCGUCACUUAUUGCAAUCACAUGUUGCACAAGAGAGAAAAAACCCUGAAAGUUAUUUUUAACUAUGUCUGAAUCUGGUUAUGGCCAGAGUUUCUGUACUAACCGGUUUCAUUGUCUGUUUUGUGUUAGAAAAAGUAAAUAAAUGUCGCUUUAAUGAAGACUAAUCUCACUAUUCUUAAGUUAUUGUGUAGGGGGCAUACUGACACAUUCAUGUAAGUUUUACUUGUUCUUUGGUAAAAGAAACUGUUCAUUUAAUAAAAUAUAGCACUAUUAUUCUAAAAGUGGGCCAAAUUACAUAAUUUGGUGAGAAAUUGUGAUCUAAAUAAUAAAGCGUGUAUUGUUAAAGGGUGAAACUAUCCAGAAAAUCUUGACCUUUCCAUUUCUGCUAUUACAUUAAUGCUCCUUUCACUGGCAAGCAUAACCUGUUCUGUGAUUGUUUGUCACAGACUGUUUGCAUUUAAUUUCUAUCUUCUGGGCUUCAACCGCCAAACCCCCCUCCCAAGAAACCCCUUAAUUAAUCCUUUCACUGAACACCUAAUUUAAAAAUACUAAAAUCUAAAAGACUGGCAGGAGUACACAUCACUUAAAAGUGUUGACCCUUACCUCUAUCUCACACUGAGAAGUGUUUUCCAUGUGUUGAGGAAUGCUGUUGAGUGAGUUCUUUUUGGGAGGGACAUACAAGUUCCAGCAACCGUCUCCUUGCAGAGUAAUUUCUUGGUACAGUGCUUCAUGACAGUUAUGGUCACCGGUGUUUGGGUCAGAGUUUUGUGUAUUUUCUGUGUGAUCGUGGUACCAGAAGUAAGAUGACUUCCCCAUUUCCUCUUGUGAUUGUAUGCGUUAUUGCUUCAGUUAUUUUCAUCCUCAUCUGCGUGUGUCUUCUCACCUGCUGUCUGGCUCCUUGUUGCUUGUGCUACAAAUGCAGAAAACAACGCAACCAAAGACAGAUAGUGGAAGCAAACACUGCAGCCUACAUGCCCCAGCCUCCCUACUCACCAUCUGGAUAUCAAGCUCAGCCUCCAGAUUACCAGGCCGUAGCAGGAUACGAGGGCUCCACUCUGCCCUCCAUCCCGCCACCAUCAUAUUGGGAAAUCAUUUCUCCAACGUACCCAGCUCCUUUUGUACCAGGGCAGGAGAUGUAUCCUCUCACUCCUCCCAGUCAGCCCAGCGCACCUCCACUACCUUCAGAUGAAAUUGCAGAGCCCCCUUACUAUCCUAUAUAACACUGAUCUGAAAGCUUGCUACUCAAUUAAACUGUAUCUCUCAAAGACCUAGUUCAAUCAUUUUGAUAUUGUCAGUGUCAUAAAAACUCACUAUGAGGUGUUAAAUUAGAACUGAUUUACCCAUCAAUGUUUGUGGAGAACUGAAUAUGUACUACUGCUUUAUUGGUGUGUGUAUGUUUGUGUAGCUUUUAUCUUUCUAGCGGACACUCUUGUGUAAAAUGUGAACAAAAGCCAGUUAUCCUGUUCACAUGCAAACAUUUUCUCAUUAGGAUCAAAUAUGCAGUGUGUUCAUAUUCAUUUACCAUUUCUGCAGAAAAGUUCCAUUAGUUCUUGGUUUUUCUUUGUUAAUAUGUUCAGAUUUUGUUGCAAUAAAAGCAUUAUGGGCACAAUAUUCAUAACACUUUUAUGAAUAUUUCUACAUUAUAUAUACAUAUUUCUACAUGUAUAUAUAACGGAUAGCAGAUGUAUGUUUUAUAUAUAUUUGUUUAUUAUUAUAUAUCUCUCCUUUAGAUUUAAGAGUAAAUUGACAAUAAAAGUAUAUGCAAAACAAACAAAAAAUGCGUUUACCUGACAUGAGUGGGAUUUUUAUAGUAACCCAGCAGAGGGCGCCUCUGACCCUUUGUUUUUUAUAUAUAUAUAUUUUUCUAAACCCGUUUCUGCUUCCUGUUUUUCUCUGUUUUUUCCAGUGUAGCAAUGCAUUGUUGGGUGUUAAGUAAAUUUAUGGUCACAAAGUCUGCAUUGUUAUAUUUCUAUUUGGUUGUUAAAUAUUUGCAUAAACUCUGCAGAAGAUCAUGAGUAAACUAUUUUUUUAAAAAACAAA